UUUGGUUUUCGAAAUGCUGAUCUCAGGCUCCCCUGUCCUUGAAAGCUUAACUGUAAACAACGUCAAUUUAGAAAAUCUUAAAGUGUGUUCUCCGUCUCUAUUGACCUUCACUUAUGUUGUGGAAGAGGGUUUUACGACAGUUGUAAUUGAUUCUCCUAUGCUUGAGUAUCUGAGGCUCAGUGAUCAGGGAACUGAAAGUUUCUUAAUAGAAAAUCAUGGUUCCCUUGUUAAGGCUGAUAUCGAUACUGCGUUUGGCUUCUUUAUCGAAGAUGAGUUCGAUCCAGAUGAUCUACCAAAGAGACAUAGGAUUCGUAAUUUUCUUGUCGGGAUAUCUUGUGUUAUAGAUAUGAUCAUCUCUUCGAGUACUCUUGAGGUCAUAUAUGACUACUCAAGAUGUGAAAAACUACCCUUAUUCCGUAAUAUAUCUUUCUUGCGAGUCGAAUUCACCGACGACAGGUGGGAAAUGUUGCCAAUCUUUCUUGAGAGCUUCACGAAUCUAAAAUCUCUUGUCUUGGAAUUUUGUACUUGUCCAGACGAGGAGGGAGUUGGUAUCUUACCAGGACCUC